AAGUAUCGAAUGACUAACAUGGCCGCCGCCCGGCGCACCGCGAGGGCUGACGCUACUACGCUCUCUAUUAAACGUGAUAACGUGAUAACGUGAUACGCAAGUUGAUCGCGAAAUUCGACUCGCGGCUCGCCCUUCGUGAUAUCGUUCGGGCAAAAUGGGAAUCUUUUUCUCGAAGAAAAAGCAACCGAGCCGUGUCACCGAGCAGGACAAGGCGAUUCUGCAAGUGAAACAGACGAGGGAUAAAAUAAAACAGUACCAAAAGAAAAUUGAGCAAAGUUUGGAGAAGGAACGAUUGCUUGCGAAAGAACUUUUAAAAAAUGGAAAGAAAGAACGUGCAUUACUUUUGUUACGUAAGAAAAAAUAUCAAGAACAAGUUUUGUCGAGGGCAGAUGGCCAAGUAGAAAAUCUUGAGCGCAUGGUCCAUGAUUUGGAAUUUGCUCAAAUUGAGGUGAAAGUUGUUGAUGGCCUAAAAGUUGGCAAUUCCGCAUUAAACCAGUUACAUGCUUUGUUGUCUAUUGAUGAAAUCGAAAAAGUUAUGGACGAAACGAGAGAGGGUAUUGAGAAGCAAAGAGAAAUAGAUGAAGUAUUAUCAUCAACAUUUGCUGCAGAGGAAGAAAUUGACGAAAGUGAGAUUGAAGCAGAAUUGGAUGCAUUGAUGGAAGCAGAUAUCAAUGAGAAAGCUCCUGAAAUACCAAAAAAUGUUUUAUUACCGGACGUGCCAACAAGACAGCCUACAGAGGAUUUGGAAGAGGAAGUGGAAGAGGAAGAGCCAAAGAAGAAAAAAACGAAAGAAAAGAUUCAAGAACCAAUUGCAGUAAUGGCAUGAAAUCUUUAGGAAUUUACUUUAGGGAUAAACUUUUGCUAAAUUAAAACUUUGUGCAAUAAGCUAUGUAUAUAUGUACAGUAAACAAAACACGUGCUAUAAGUAUAGUUAAUAAAAUUUAUCUACAAAUCAAAAUUCUAACUCAAACUAUGAUUUUUAACAUUUUACUGUAUAUUAUAUAAAAUUCAUUAUGCAAUGUAUAUAUUAACUGAAUAUUAAAGUGCAGUGAUGGAAGAUGUAUGGAGCAAAUAAAUGUAAUUUUUCUAUA